GACGUAAUACGUAAACAAACUCAUUCCUUGAGCGUGAACUCGCUUAAAAUUGUUUAUAACGUGGAAGAAAACGUAAAAGACAGUCGGUUUGGAAUUUUUCAUUAAACUUUGUUAAGGGUGGUGUGAAGCAGAUAGAUGUUUUGAAUGAGUUGCGCUCGCAGCUGCUUUUCUACGUUCAGCUUUAAGACGAGUUUCAGUCAUGGAGCAGAAGCUCUCGGAGUUCAGAGCCAGACGACAGGCCGAAAAAAUUAAAGAGAAUGAAACAGCUGGGCGCGAGCCCAGAGAAAAAACAGAAGCAGACAAAGCGGAUCAGUCUGAUACAACACCAGCAAAUGUUGGUCAACAACUACCGAAGAUGGAAAACAACCCAGCUGCUACUCACGACUCUCAAAGCAGGGAUUGUAAAGACUGGCUGCUGGACAGCGCUCUAGGAAGAUGGCUGACCUCUCGACAACUUGUCCCCUCAAACCUUACUUUACUCAAAGUGCUGCUGUGGCUGAUUCUGUUGGGUCUUUUUGUUGAACUGGAUUUUGGACUGGCAUUCUUUGUCAUUUCCCUUUUCUACUGGCUCUACGAAGGACUCCGCAGCCCAGCACCCCGGCAGCCUGGAGAACUAAGUGCUUAUUCUGUCUUCAACCCGGACUGUCAGCCUCUGUUGGGCUCCUUAACGGCUGAGCAACUGGAGGGGGAGAUGGGUUACAGACCUCUGGCUAACAGAUGAAUUUCUUGUGAUUUGCACAUCCAUAAUAAAUAAUCAGAAAUCUUUAUUGUCAAAAAUAUUUAUUUUGUCCAGAAAUUUACUUCAAUUUAUUUUUUUUUCAAAGUAUACCUGAAUAAAUUGGAAUUAGCCUAUUCGCAUGUUUCUGUUUAUGCCUACAUUUCAUUUGCUUUUUAUAGGAUUUCAGUAGUGUGGCAAAUAUUAGAUGCAACUGAAGGUGAUGGAAGAUGUAUAUGUCAGACAUAGUUGUCAAAUCAUUACAACAUUAGGAAUUGGCAUGUUUAUUAUAGGGUUGACAGAUCUGGCUGUCAUUUUGGACAAACAGGUUUUUGUACAGAUUAUAGGGAUUUGUUGAAGGGGGGGGUUGAUACUAAAAAUGUAUACUAAAAAGACCAAGUCCAGAAAAUAUUUACAAAGUGUCAACUUUUGCAAAGGUAUUCAUAAACUUUUCAUAUGGAUAUUUAAAAAGCCAUCGUUGCAUGGCAAGUCUCUUUCUAUAAUACAAUAAAAAAUAAUCUUUUGUGCAAUUAUUUUACUGAAUUCU